GCUUCAAAUUUGAAGUGCAACGACCUAGGCAGAUUCUAAUUUAAAAGAAUGCUUCGGUGUUAGAAGAGAACAUGUGGGAAGCGUGAUCGUGAAAACGUUAACGCCUGGUGAAAACGGCCAAUGACAUUGUGGAAAUCUACCGAGGCAAUGUCAUUGCUAUUUCUGUCACUUUCGUCGUUUCUUCGCUGUGGUUUUGCAAUAGCGCUAUACGAUGUUCCAGUGAUUUCAUUGUACGAAUUCAAUUUUCUGACGGCGCUUAUCAAAUUUAAAAACACAACUGAGAAUGAAGCGGAGUUUAUGUGUGGGGGCAUUUUAAUUCACCCCCUUUGGACGUUGACAGCGUGGAAUUGCUUCGUCGACGAUCUCAACAUAAAAAACUACUUAAUAUACGCUGGCGCAGAAUACAUUCAGAUAAGUGGCGAAGGCCAGCGACGAAUGAUAUAUGAGAUCCACACGCCUACCGACUGCAAAGUGAGGGAUGAAUGUAGCAUUGCAUUGAUUAUGGUAGAUCAUCCCUUUCGGAUGACUGACACCGUACAACCUGCUACCCUUCCACGCCGCCCCUUGAAUGAAAACACUGAAUGUAUAGCACUACGGUGCAUUCUUCGAAAGAUUCGAAACACUGACGACGAUGUAGACAAGAUUGUUGCAAUCGCAGCAAGAUCAUACUCCGCCAAUUAUCAAAGUUGCUUUGAUGAAUUGCGUGCAUUAAAUAAACCCCUGAUAUCUCAUCUACACAAAGAGAAUUACUGUGUAAGUGUAACAGAACCUAUUGGUAACAAUAAGGCGAUUAGGAACAAAAGUAUCGGUUUUCCUUCAAUAUGCAAUGGACGAAUCCAGGGAAUAGUAUCUUACAUCGCAAAUGACGAUGAACCAACCAUUGUGGUCGACUUAAGUUAUCACUUGGCUUGGACACGGAAAAUUCUUUUGGGACGUGUCCAAGUCGCAAAUGAAGAAUGGGGUUAUUCGUCUAGUUACGGAUUCUCAUGCGUUAAGAUCCACACAACUGGUGAUGGCAUCCUCUCACUACUGUGCACCUUAGUAUUUCGUCGCCAAUGCUGA